GGCGGUGUUGUUACAUUGACAUUAUGAUACUAAAUUUUGGUCGGUUUGGUGGCGUAUUUUCAACAGCUGUAGAAGUACACCAUGGCGUCAGAAUAUCUUAAAACUCGUAAAAGAUUUUGGGAAAAUGACAAUUCUUUAAAACGUCCUGAAAAUAAUCAAGUUCCAAUUCAGCUAAGUGAAUUAAUCAAAACGUUUCUGAAAUGUAUCCAAGAGGAAGGUUUGCAAACAGCUUACAAUCGUUACAGAUAUAAUCCACGUGAAACACAACUUCCAAGAUCUGUUAUCAAUGCUACUGAAGAUGAAAAAAUCAGUGACGUCAUUAUUGUUGGUGCAGGAAUGGCAGGUUUAAGUGCAGCGUAUGAAUUGAAAAGAGCUGGUCUUUCUGUGACAGUUUUAGAGCAAACGGACCGUUAUGGGGGAAGAAUUUUUACGUAUGGUAAAGAAAGUGGUCUUGCGUCUGGUUUGUUUGCAGAAGUGGGGGCUAUGCGAUUUCCAGGUGAUGCUAAUGAUCAAUCAGACAGACCGCAUUUUUUGGCGGACGGUUACAUCAAAAGUUUCAAUCUGUCCAUAAAACCUUUUCCUAACUUUGACAAAAAUGUCAUUACCUGCAUCUAUGGGUUUCACGAGAAAUCUGAAGUUUGGGCUGAGAAGCAUUUUGACAACAUUUGGCCGAACUGGAAAGAGGCCAUGAAUAAUGCCUUAAAAGACGAUGUUUUGGAUGUUGAAAAAUAUUAUGAUGAAACAAUCGGUGCUGUUACAGACCAGCUUUACACUUGGUUGUCGAAAUGAGAAGGUGUUCAUGAUCAAGUGAAUGCAUGGGGACGUUGGAUUAAAAUCUGGAGUCAGUUUACGUUGGAAAGCUUUGUUGAAAGUAAUAUCGAGGUAAUCAAAGCUAAAGUACCUGUUGAAGAUCAAGCAGACUUGGAUUUAGUUAAACUUGGAAAUCUUUUGCCAUGGUCGAAUGAUGCUGUUCGUGGUUAUUCUGUAUUUUGCUAUACGGAGCAGCUUGAUCAGUCACUGGGAUCCUAUCUUGAUUUUGAACUGGGAAAAUGGUAUUCUCAUGAAAUGCAUUGCUUGAAAGGAGGUAUGCAUAGUUUGCCGAAAGCGUUUUUCAACGAUGAAGGAUUGAGUACGGAUGACAUAGAAUACAACAAACAUGUUUUCGAAAUAAAUUACUGGUAUCAAGAUGAGUAUCCUCUGAAAGAUCUCGUUGAGGUGUCGUGUUAUUCAAGUAACGUAGCGUUAAAUGUGUAUAAUGCGAAGGUACGAGAGAUUAGUAAAUUGAACAUCGAGUAUGAAUAGUUUAAGGAUAGUUGAUACUUCUAUUUUGUUGGUCUUUUUCACUUUUUUCAAAAAUGUAUGGCUGGUUUCUGUGCAAUAUUUCUUUUCAAAUAGCUACAAUUUUGUAUAUAAUAGUUAUAAGGCCUCAAUUGUGACAAAAAUUUCCUUACUACUGGUAUGAGGGCAGUUUGCCUUUGCUUUUUGUUCGCAUCCUAUGCGAUUACAUUAUCCGUAUAGCUCUACAGGGUUUGUACACUGCUUUUACUAGUUGUUUGUCGUCUAAGGAAAAAUCAAUAGAUUUUAAAUUGCA